AAGACUCCUCGGAGGCCCGGCCCAAGGAAGGCAUCCAACACAGAGAAAGAUCCAGUUGGAGUAUACUGCCGUAUACGUCCCCUCGGCACAGAAGAUGAGGAAUGUUGUGUGGAGAUGAUCAGCAGCUCCACUAUUCAGCUGCACGCUCCUGAUGGCCUUAAAGCCAACCGCAAUGGAGAAUACAAAGAGAUGCAGUACUCCUUUAAAAAGGUGUUUGGUAUUAAUACCACUCAAAUGGAGCUGUUCGAGGAUAUUGCCAAGCCUCUAGUUGAGGACCUCAUUCAUUGUAAAAAUGGUCUGUUGUUUACAUAUGGAGUUACUGGAAGUGGAAAGACCUUCACCAUGACCGGCUCGCCUGGAGAGGGUGGGCUCCUCCCACGUUCUCUCGACAUGCUUUUCAACAGUAUCGGCCCCUUCCAGGCCAAGAGAUUUGUGUUCAAGCCAGAUGACAAAAAUGGGAUGGAGAUCCAGAGUCAAGUUGAUGCUCUCCUGGAGAGACAGAAGCGAGACAAUCAACCAUUACCAACCGUUCCCAAAACACCCUCCUCCAGGCAGAAGGCUGCAGACCCUGAGUUUGAAGACAUGAUCAGCCCGGAGGAGGCAUGCAAAUCUGAGAAUGUGGACGAUGACUGUUGCUACAGCGUUUUCGUGUCCUACAUCGAGGUCUAUAACAACUAUAUCUAUGAUCUCCUUGAAGACACUCCGUUUGACCCCAUCCGACAAAAAGCACCUCAAUCCAAGAUUCUGCGUGAAGACCAGAAUCACAACAUGUAUGUAGCUGGCUGCACGGAAGUGGAGGUAAAAUCUACAGAGGAGGCUUUUGAAGUCUUUUGGAAGGGACAAAAGAAAAGGAGGAUAGCAAACACUCAACUCAACCGUGAAUCCAGUCGCUCUCACAGUGUGUUCACUGUGAAGCUGGUCCAGGCUCCUCUUGAUGCUGAUGGAGACCACAUUCUGCAGGACAAGAACCAGGUGAAUGUGAGCCAGCUGUGUUUGGUUGACCUGGCAGGCAGUGAGCGCACCAGCAGAACCAGAGCAGAAGGCAGCCGUCUCCGUGAAGCGGGUAAUAUCAAUCAGUCCUUGAUGACGCUGCGAACAUGUAUUGAAGUCCUGCGUGAGAACCAGAUGUGUGGAACCAAUAAGAUGGUGCCAUACAGGGACUCCAAAGUAACACACCUGUUCAAAAACUACUUUGAUGGAGAAGGAAAAGUCAGAAUGAUUGUGUGUGUCAACCCAAAGGCUGAUGAUUAUGAAGAAACAAUGCUGGUGAUGCGGUUUGCAGAGAUGACACAGGAGGUGGAGGUGGCGCGUCCAGUUGAUCGGCCAAUCUGUGGCCUCGCUCCAGGACGCAGACACAGAAACCAGGUGUUCAGAGAUGAGUUGUCACGUCGCCUGGAGGAGCGAGGAAGUCCCAGUAAUGUUGAUGAUCCAGAUCUGCUGAAUCAGCUCAUGGAGAGUCUUCCAGCUCUGCCUCCAUGUGAGCUGGUGGAUCCAUCAGAUGAUCACACGCUGCCUCGCUUGAUUGAAGUUCUGGAAAGGAGGCACCGUAUCCGUCAGAUGAUGUCAGAGCAUUUCAACAAAACAGCCACUACAAUGAAGUCCAUGCUUCAGCAGUUUGACAGUCAGCUUGGUGCUAAGGAGACUUUCAUCCAUGAUCAGCGAAGCAAACUGAGUGAAAAAGACAAAGUCAUCCUCAACCAGAGGGCUGAGAUGGACCGAUUAGAGAAGAAAACCAAAACGCUGGAAUACAAGGUUGAUAUUCUGCAGAAGACGACUGGCAUGUACGAGCAGGACAAACGUUCACUUGAGCAGGAGCUGGAGACCCGGGGGAAUAGGCUACAAAUGGAGCUGUCAGAGAAGAGGCGACUGGAGCAUCGCAUGCAGGGCAUGGUCACAGACACCAAGCUCAAGUGGGAGAAAGAGUGUGAGAGACGAGUGAACGCCAAGCAGCUUGAGAUGCAGAACAAGUUGUGGGUGAAGGAUGAAAAGUUGAAGCAGCUCAAAGCCAUCGUAACGGAGAGCAGCAGCGGCCGCCCCACUGAGCGUCCAGAGAAGCCCGAGAGGCCCUCAAGGGAUAGAGACUGCAACGUUGGCCCCAAGAGGUCGGCGUCACCAUCACCGCUUCCUGACUACAGCUCAACUCCAUCCUGCCAAAAUCGAGCCAAUGUUAGGGCAGUUCAGGACCCAUACCCCACCUCUUCAUCCCCCUCCUCUUCCCCCACCUCCUCCUCCUCCACCAUCACCUCCGCUUCAUCCUAUCCUUCAGUAGCCUCUUGCAUCUCAGACUGGGAGCAAAAGUUCCCUGUAGACUCCAGCAGCAAGGUUAGGCACAUUGGGACCCCCCAGCACAGGAGCCGGACUCCUGCUCCAUACCACGGCACCAGCAGCGUGGGUCGUAGGAGAGGCCAGCGCUGGGCCCAAAACUCUGAGGCCCCCGCUACGAAACUUGUCUAUGGGCUAGACCUAGAGGCAGCCACAAGGACGGCUGUGCCAGUUCGUCCAACACACAGGCGCUCACAUUCUGCGGGUGGGGAGAAAUGGGUAGACCACAAACCAUCUUCUAAUUUGGACCUAGACACUGUCAUGCAGCCAAUCAUACCCAAUGCAAUCAAGGUGUCGACCCCGAACGGGAAAGCUCUGUCUAAAUGCCAAAAGUAUGUGCUUAGACAUCAAGAGCUUGCCUCCGACGGGGAGAUUGAGACCAAGUUGAUUAAGGGAAAUGUCUUUAAAACCAGAAGUGGGGGACAAGCUGUGCAGUUUACUGACAUUGAGACAUUAAAACAAGAGUGCCCAACUGGACCAAGUCGCAAGAGGAGAUCAGGGUCUGCAGAGGGACCCGCUCAAAUGGAGGACAUAGAAAACAGGGCUCCGAUGGCAAGCACGAGCACAACUGUGUAUCAAAAACGAAGAAAGCCUUAAGUUGCCGUACAUAUGAAGGACCGUUUUUUCCUGACUGAAAACAAGCAGCAAGCCUAUUGUCUAUUGGAGCAGUGAAGGGAACACCAUGUGCACUAUGCAUCUUUUUGAGAGCCCAAGCUUUUUUUGUAUAUUUGAUCUUAUGACAAAUUUUUUGUGCUGUUAUAA